GCAUCAUCAGUUCGCGUUGGAGAGUUGCCCGCAACGCUUGUCUGCGAGCUAGAUCCCUCAGAUACGCUGCUGGUUUACGGCGUGCCGUAACACGACACGUUUGGAGGGACCGCCGCUGCUACGCGUGUGCCUGCUACUGUGAACAUUGGAUUUUGUGCUCCUAGUGCUGUGACUAUGUACAUGUGCUGAAAACUCCAGUUCCCGUAUUUAUAGGAUUUUUGACGUCGCAACAAGUUCCGGAUCAGCUCAGCCGACAAUCGUGAUGAAAGUCGUUAGUCUUCAACUGCCGUCGGGGCCUACAAGUAUGGAGCGAUUACCGCUGCCAUUUAGUCCGACGGACCUGUUAUGGCGGUAUCCAUUGCCAUGGGCCCCACCACCUCCAUCUCCCCUUGGUGAUACGAAGGCACAACUACCAGCCGGUCUUCCGCCAGAGCCAAGAUUAUGGACCAGAGAAGAUGUAGCAGUCUUCUUAAAGUGGUGCGAAAGAGAGUUUGACUUGCCAAAUUUCGAUAUGGAUUUAUUCCAAAUGAAUGGUAAAGCUUUAUGCUUGUUGACCAAAACUGACUUAGGAGAGCGUUGUCCAGGCGCCGGUGAUGUUUUGCACAAUGUUUUACAAAUGUUGGUGCGCGAUGCAGCACUUUUAGGAAGAGUUCCGUCUUCACCUGUAACUCCAACAGCACGCGCUGCUCCUUAUCCGCCAUCACCACACUCACAUCCACCAACACCAACUUGGACUGUCGACGGUUUCCAUCAUUUCCAUAGUGCUGCUGUAGCCGCUGCCCAACCAAACUCAGUAACGUUAAGUCCGGCACCAUCAGUAGAUAGUUCAGGAAGUCCACAACGUGGGGAGGCAGUAAACUAUGGACCGACGUAUGCGCCAUCGGUACCCGCACAAGCACAGGCAGCAAGUUCUGGAAGCAAUCAUUCGGAUUCAGAUGAAGAAACACAAUUCGGACAUCCGCCUAGAUCUCCCAAAGAUGCUCCUCUUGCGAGUCCAGCACCACAAAAUCUUCCAGUACAGCAUUCGCAUUAUCGUACUCAACACAGAGAAUUCUUCCCGAAUGAUAUGCCCGAAUCGAAUACAAAUGGUCGAUUAUUAUGGGAUUUUCUACAACAGCUACUAAAUGAUCCAACUCAGCGGUAUACAAAUUACAUCGCGUGGAAAAAUAGAGACACUGGUGUAUUCAAGAUUGUAGAUCCUGCUGGACUAGCCAAACUCUGGGGAAUUCAGAAAAAUCACCUAUCAAUGAACUACGAUAAAAUGUCUCGAGCUUUAAGAUAUUACUAUCGUGUCAAUAUCCUACGUAAAGUACAAGGCGAACGACAUUGUUACCAAUUUCUAAGGAAUCCAACAGAAUUAAAGAAUAUUAAGAACAUCUCACUUCUACGACAACAAAUGAGCCCCACGAGAGUAGUACCUCAAGCUGUUGUGAAAACAGAAAUGAAAGAAGAACGUUGCGAAGAAGAAGCAGUAGAUGAAGACAUGCCUACUGAUCUUAGCAUGGCUGCUUCAGAGCCGUGGCGAAAGCGAGCGCGAUCAGAUCCCGCUCCUGUUCCAUUACAACAUGACAAACACCGCAUCAGUGUUCUCAUUGGUGAUAAUAUGAUGCUCAAACGUGAACCUGAAUAUAAUGGCGAUCAUUACGCUCUGAACCUUAAAAGUGAAAAAUGUGAACAAUGAUCACUAACAAUGAAAGUUCUGAACGCUUACAGUGCGAUACGUUUAUAUAGUGUGAACAAAACUCCACCCACUAAAAUUCUAGUCAAAUUCCUCUCAGAAAUAAUUAUAUAAGUCUUCCUAAUAUAACAUGUUUAUUGAUAUAGCUGUAUUAUGGAAACUAACGCUGAGAGUACUUUGACGGAUUUAUUAUGGUCUUGGAGUUAAACAGGGUAUGGACCUAAAAUAAUGCCUUUGUGCCAAGUGAUUUUAUAUAAUAGUGUCAAUUACCUAAUAGUUAGCAAAAGGAAUAAGAGUUUAUGUGUGUUGAAAUCAUAUAGACUAUUUUAAAAUUUGUGCAAUGGACUGCAGAGAUCUCGCAGUUUCAAAUAGAUUUAUUGAAAGAAAUUGCGUGUGCAUAAGUGUGCGCGCUUACUAAUGCAUUUUAUAAUUUAAAUAACUAUACCUAUAUGUAUAGAUCCAAAAGUAGAAAAUAUAUUCAAAAAGUGGAUACACGCAAAUCAACAGAUUUAUAAAACAUCGUUAUAUAGAAAAUUAACAGAUUAUCGUCUUCCAAUUGUUUUUAUCCAUUUCAAUUGUAGCUAGAGAGAAAGUAAUAUCUUUAAUGUACCUACCACGUAAUUUAAAAUUCAUGCGUUAUUGUGGCAGCUAUAAUUCUUAAAAAAUCAACUGUUUGAAUAAAAUACAAGAAUAUAAUCUAAAAGACAAUAAAAAUAAUCUUAUUACCUAAAAUGCCUUGAAAUAAAAAAUGUCCACUGUGAUAAAAAAAAUAAAGUGGUAGACAUAUAGAGUAUGCUAGGACUUUAACUCAAAGAUUUCCAGCUACAAUUUUCUGUGAUCUCUUUUAUCAAUGUAGGUAAAUGUCAUAGAGAGUUAAAUAUAGUUUUGUAAAUAUUAGAUUAAGAUAUAAAUAAGUUAGGAUAAAAAGAACAGACUGUAAAGAGAGUGUAUGUAUGAUUUGUGAAACAAAGAGGAGCUUUAUCAGAGUACCUAGUAUAUGUAAGUACUAUUACAAUUGAGUUUGUAUUUUUACAAUCAUUUCUAUCUGGCAUACUUUCAUGCCAAUUCUUCCAACAUGUACACAAUAUGUUUAUGACGUUCACAAAAAAUAUUGUGGCAGAUUUAUUAUAACUAAAAAUAAAUGAAAAUGAUG